UCACACGCUCCCCCUCCCCCCUGUGUGUCAUACGUUUUCACCCCGUCCCCUCCCACCUCCCCGUCCUUCUGUCUCUCCUUCGCCAUCAUCCGCUCACUUUCUCCACCCGGCUCCCAACACGCUGCAGACAUAGAACCGGCUUGAGGUCUGGAACAGGGUGACACAUUCAUAAACAGGAUGUCCAUAGUAAAUAUUGUUGCCAGGGAGAUCCUGGACUCCAGGGGGAACCCCACUGUGGAAGUAGAUCUGCACACCGGCAAAGGUGUGUUCAGGGCUGCUGUACCCAGCGGUGCAUCCACCGGCAUCUACGAGGCUCUGGAGCUUCGCGAUGGAGACAAGACUCGCUACAAGGGCAAAGGUGUAACCAAAGCUGUUGGUCACAUCAAUGACACCCUCGGUCCGGCCCUGAUCCAGUCUGGAAUCAACGUGUUGGAGCAGGAGAAACUGGACAACACCAUGAUCGAAAUGGACGGCACUGACAACAAAUCUAAGUUUGGGGCCAAUGCUAUUCUUGGAGUCUCACUGGCCAUAUGCAAAGCUGGCGCAGCAGAGAAAGGUGUCCCACUGUACCGCCACAUCGCUGAUCUGGCAGGAAACGAAGAGUUGGUCCUCCCAGUUCCUGCGUUUAAUGUGAUCAACGGCGGCUCUCAUGCUGGCAACAGAUUGGCUAUGCAGGAGUUCAUGGUACUUCCUGUGGGGGCGGAGUCUUUCCGUGAUGCUCUGCGUGUGGGGGCGGAGCUCUACCAGACACUGAGAGGUGUCAUCAAGGAGAAGUACGGUCAGGAUGCUACAAAUGUGGGAGAUGAGGGAGGGUUUGCCCCGAAUAUACAGGAGAACAGUGAAGCCCUGGAGCUGAUAAAGACGGCCAUAGAGAAAGCAGGCUUCACAGACAAAGUGGUGAUCGGGAUGGAUGUUGCUGCUUCAGAGUUUUUCAUCGAGGGCAAGUACGACCUGGACUUCAAGUCUCCGCCCAACGCUGCCCGCAACAUCAGUGGGGAGGAGCUGGCCAGCAUCUACCAGGGCUUCAUUAAGGACUACCCAGUGGUGUCUAUCGAAGACCCUUUUGACCAGGACGACUGGCCGGCGUGGUCACAGUUCACAGGCUCAGUGGGCAUCCAGGUGGUCGGAGACGAUCUGACGGUCACGAACCCGCGCAGGAUUCAACGAGCCGUGGAGGACAAGGCCUGCAACUGCCUGCUGCUUAAAGUCAACCAGAUUGGCUCUGUUACAGAAGCCAUCAAGGCCUGUAAACUGGCCCAGGAGAACGGCUGGGGUGUGAUGGUGAGCCACCGCUCAGGAGAAACAGAGGACACUUUUAUAGCUGACCUGGUGGUUGGUCUCUGCACUGGACAGAUCAAGACGGGGGCUCCCUGUCGAUCAGAGCGGCUGGCCAAAUACAAUCAGCUGAUGAGGAUUGAGGAAGAGUUGGGAGACCAGGCUCGCUUUGCCGGGCACAACUUCCGCAACCCAAGUGCCCUUUGAGUGGCACGCCAGAAGUUACGCUUCCAUAUGACGGGCACAAAGUAAUCACAUCAUGACACUUGUUUCAGCAGAGCUCUGACCUCACUAAGACGCACUUAAAAGCAUUAAGACUCGUUUGUUUUCACGUAACCAAAAUGCACUGAUAAUGCACUGUAGCUACAGUAUAUUGACCAGACGCUUCAGCAAGUGAUUGACUUAAUUGACUACAGCAAAUCCUGAACUAAGCCUGGAGGAACAAAUCAGUGGUUCACCUCGCAGCAGACGAGCACUUUCCCUGAUGCACUUGUUAGUUCCUUUCUCUUCCCUGAACCCGCUGACUGUCUCCUUUGACUCUCUGCAGAAGUGUUCUGAUCUUUUGUGCCCUGUUGUUUCCUCGUAUCGUUUCUGACGUGAUCCCUCAGCAGCUUGCUACAAACGUGUAUCUCACUCUGUCUGUCUGUAAGGUUAUGCUUAAUAAAGAAAUACGCAUUUGCUGGAAAAGCAAAGA